UCCGCUGCGCGCUUGCUGCUGCCGCCUUCAGAUCCCAAAACCCCCAACGCUCGUUUAAGUUUUGAAAUUUGUAACCCCGCCAUUCACUCAAAACCCUCCCCCUUUUCCCCCCUUCUUUCUUAACGGUCUUCUCUUUCUCUCUCUCUCCCCCUCCCUCUCCUCCCUCUAUUUCUCUAGUCUUCUUCAGUCUUUGGUCUUCAUCACCUUCCCUUUCCCUCCAUAUUCUCUCUACCAUGGCGGCUCCUGCUGCCCCCUCGUCUGGGCCUUCCACCAGGAAACACGGCUAUAGCCGUAAGCAGAAAUCUCUCGGCCUCUUGUGCUCCAACUUCCUCGGCUUGUACAAUCGCGACGGCGUUACAUCCAUUGGCCUCGACGACGCCGCUUCACGAUUAGGUGUUGAGAGGCGACGGAUCUAUGACAUCGUCAAUGUCUUGGAGAGCGUUGGGGUUCUUGCACGGAAGGCAAAGAACCAGUAUUCUUGGAAAGGAUUUGGGGCAAUCCCUAACGCGUUACAAGAGCUCAGGGAAGAGGGUCUGAGAGAGAAUUGCAUUAACUUUUCUGGCAACGACGAUGCAAAGGUUUCAGAUGAUGAGGAUGAUGAAGAGAGAUGUGGGAGUCAGCCGAACGACAAAUCCAACCCUACUGUCAAUCCUCAACCUCCAGCAGACCAAAAACCAGAUAAUAGAAGGGAAAAAUCUCUGGCGCUUCUUACGCAGAAUUUCGUGAAGCUCUUUGUCUGCUCCACUGAAGAAAUGAUAUCCCUUGAUGAUGUUGCCAAGUUAUUGCUUGGGGAUGCACAGAGUGCAUCAGCGAUGAGAACAGCUAAAGUAAGGCGGAUUUAUGAUAUUGCAAAUGUUUUGUCCUCCAUGAAUCUCAUUGAGAAGACCCACACACCAGAUACAAGGAAACCUGCAUUUAAGUGGUUGGGAUUGAGAGGAAAAGAGGAGAAUUUGGUUCCAAACGAGUCUAGAAAAAGAGCCUUUGGUACAGAUAUCACAAACGUCAUUUCUAAGAGGGGCAAGCUGGAAUCUUCUAUUGGUGGGGAGUUGGAUGCGCAAAAACAAAGGCAACAUGAUUUGGAGGACUCAAAAGAUGGUUCAAAGAGCUAUCAGUUUGGUCCUUUUGCUCCUGUCACUAUUGCCAGACCCGGGAACAGCAACAUGAGGAGGGUUCAUGACUGGGAGAAGUUGACCUCUACUUAUCGUCCUCAGUAUCAAAACCAAGCUUUGAAGGAUCUGUUUUCUCAUUAUAUGGAAGCAUGGAAGUCAUGGUACUCUGAAGUUGCUGGGAAGAAUCCAAUCCGAAUUUCUUGAUGCUUAUCCAUUUUGACAUGCCUGCUUCUCCGUUUUGACAUGCUCCAAUUGAUUCAAGGAAACCACUUCAAUUCAACUCUCGUUGUUGACCUGCCAAAGAGGAGAUGGCCCCUUGUUGGAUGCAUUCUCUGUGCACCAUGUUAGAAUGGCAAUCCUCGAACUACUACACUUAACCGUCUUAGUUUGACAGUCUCACCAAUUUUUUUGUUUUUGUUAAUUUCUUUUUGAAUUGAUGGCCGGUUAGAGAUGUGCAUGACUGCUCAUGUAUGUUGUAGCACAUAUGUUUAGGGUGGAUGGUGUAAAUUCAGGUUGGAAUUUCGAAGUUGGGCCAAUUAUACAUGACAGGUUCUCAUGAGCUCAUCCUUUUGAGUAAAUCAUAUUAGCAAAUUUCUGAA